AUGGCCAAAAAUAUCCUCAUCACUGGCGCAGGCGGAUAUAUUGGAGGGACCCUCCUGACGAAAGUCAUUUCCCAGGAGAAUGGUCUGAUAAAAGCUGCAAAUAUCACUGCCACAGUUCGCUCCGCCGAACAAGCUCAAAGACUAUCAGAGUUUGGGUUCAACGCCAUCGAACUUGAUCUGAAGAAUGAGGAAGUCGUGAAGCAAGCUGUGAUUAGCAAUAAUAUCGAUGUCGUCGUGCAUAUUGCGAGUGCCAUGGAAACAGCGAUUGCAGCUAACCUGAUCAAAGCUCUUGGCGAGCGUCGCAAAUUAGGGACAGGAAAGGCCUAUUUUAUCCAUUCAUCAGUGACUGCUGUCUUCUCCAAGGAAAAUGGCUGGCCAUUUGGAGAGGUCAAGGACACUGAUCCCUUAUAUGAGAAUGAAAAGCAACUCGCUCCUGGCCAUCCAGUUCGAGACACAAACGUACUUGUGACAGAUCUAGCGAAAGCGGAAGGAGUUACAAGCCUCAUUGUCGUUGUUCCUGUCGUUUACGGAACAGGAUCUGGAGAGUUCCGAAAUAUUUCUUCUGCCAUUCCAUCCUUCAUUAGAGCCUCCAUUGAGCUCCAGACCGUUUACAAAUUCGACAAAGAUGCUACUCCAGCGACAACACACGUAUCCGACAUUGUGGGUUUGUAUAUGCUCCUAGUGGAGAAAAUCUUGAACAACGAGCCUCUACCUACCGGUGAUAAGGGCUAUCACUUCGCAAUGGCUCACAAAACAUCUUGGUGGAAAGUGAUGCAGCGUCUCGCUGAGGAGUUACACGCACUUGGGCUUGUGAAUGAGCCUAACGUGGCGAUUUGGCCAAGCGACGAAAUGGCAGCAAAAUCUCUCGGAUGGCCACCUUCCUACGUGCGAGCCAUGGGUACUUCUAGUGGAGACAUCAUUCCGGUGAAUCCUUUUCGUCUAGGGUGGCAGCCAACAUGGACGGAAGAAAGAUUUCUUGGGAAUAUGGACGAGGAGAUUCGAGCCACGCUGGAACAGGGGGAUAAAUUCAAGUCCACCCUGUAUGAUUCCCUAUAG